AUGGAUAUCCGCGAGAGUCUAUACCUUGACGACUAUCCGUAUUUUCAAACGAGAUGCUUUGUGCGAUGGUUGCCACUGAGAUUAACGGCGUCUGAGGAAUGCCACAUAGUGGCAGUAUCGCCAGACCAUGACCUAAGAACAUUUAAAGCAAUUAAAUCUGAUGACACUAACAACUGUAAAUUUGCCGCAACAGACCCACUAAACAUCCUUAGCCGAGAAAAAUCUGUACCAAAUGGCACCUAUGUACCUGUUACAAUACAGUCGACAAAAAGUGAAACAUUUGACCAAAAAAAUCAACGUCAAACAACCGACCUAAUAACAUUUUUAAAGAAGAACGUUCAGGUAAAACGAAUUGUUGACGUGCUGUUAAUUAGUUCAGAUAGUUACGGUCUUCUGAAUCUGUUUUAUAAAGGUAACCAACUGGAAAAAGCUCAAAUUAAUGUUUGCCAAAUCAACUUUUUGUUUCGUCCUCCAGCUUCACGUUUAGAAAGGCUACAGUUUGCGGACGUACAGUACAAUUUUUUGCUGGAUAAUAAGUAUAUUCCGCUGAAAAUACAACGAAUUAGCAAAGAUGAACAGUUAAUUUUUUAUAUUAAUAUCGGUGACCAUUUGUGUGUUCAACGAUAUUUAGCUGACAUUUUAUAG